AUGGCGGUUCCUCAGUCGAGUAUUGUGCGCAAGCGGACGCUUCCUGCUGAGGCUGUGCGGACGAAGAAGAAAAAGCUCAAUGAAAACGUAUAUCUUUUUUUGAGUUUCUCGCUUUAAUUGAGAGAUUUCAGACGACAGCUCCCACUUCAAGAAGACCACGGAAAACUUACAAGCGCAGAAGUGUUACAAUAGUUGUCGAAGACCUAUUAACAUCGCUUGAAAGGCGUUUAACUUCUAUGUGAGAUUAAGAAUGUUAAGAAUUUGAUUGGAUCAAAGAAAUGUUUUGCAGCUCAUUUCAUCUGAUUCGCGAGUUACACAUUGAACACGGGAAAACCACAAGAGGAGCGGAGUUAGAAAGUGUGGCCACAAAUUUGGUGAUGGGUGCGAUUAGAACGAAAGACGAUUCUGUCGCCAGCAAAGUUCUCGGAGUUUUGUUCGCCUUCAUGAACAACGCAACGAUUGCUCAGUGGCGAAGACUUAUGGAUUUCUUGACAAACAAUGAAGAGGCCAACAAGUAGUUCAUUAUUUUCCCCAAAGGUUGAUUAUUUUUUCAGGUUGUUUCUGAGGUCGGCUCUAGAUCACAAGAUAAUAAAGUUCUACACUCUGGCCAUGUCUAAAGGAAUCUUGAAGUACAUUCAAUUACCGGAGAAGUUUUUAAUUUUUCAAAAAAUAGCCGGACUGAUCUUUUGAAGGGUUCAUCAUUGCUUGGAAAGAUGCAUCGCACAGUCUUUGAUCUCGUUGGGAGGAUCCCAUAGACGGGUGAUAGUCGCUCGAUUUCACAUAGCCGUUGCGUCUACUGGUACAGUCUUACUCUCUAUUGUGUCCUAUCGAUAUUUCUGAAGAAAGUGCUGACGAAAACCGGCUGAGAAUCGUCGAAAAGACUCUUUGUCGGAUGCUCAACGACAGGGACUGUCGAGUUCGAAGAGCGGCUCUUGAGGUUGGGACCACUUUUCUCGACAAAAAAGAUGUCAUAUAUUUUCAGGGUCUUUCGACUUUUAUGGACAGGGCCAAGCCACUUUCAAAGAGAACUUAUUCGGCUCUCAAGGAGGUUUUUUUUGUUGAUAUGCUCUCAAAGUAUAGGCUUUUCCAGGUGAGAGAAGAUGUCGAUAAGAAUAUUCGACUAACUGUUUUACGGCUUCUUGUUUAUUUUGCGAAUAAAAUGCCAACGUAGGCUUUUGGAGUGAGAAACUUUGGAAAGUAACUAUUUUGCAGCGAAAACGUCGCUGGAACUGGCAAAACUCCUGUUACUUUAUCUGAUGACGCUUUCACGGCCGUUUGUGAUGCAAUCAACGACAUUGAGGUUUAGGAACUGUUUUCUGGGCCUUCUGAAUAUUACUCGUUGAAGACGUCAGUUCGAGCGGAGGCCGCCAAAGUUUUGGGAGAAUUCACCAACGUUUCAGACGAUCUUCUCUAUCAGACGCUUGACAAAAAGCUCAUGAGAUCGAAUAAGGUUCGAUUUCCAGGUUUUUUUCUGAUGAAUGACUUCAAAAUCUUUGGAAAAUCUUGUCUCAUUUGAAGAAAAUAUCUUUUUUGAAAGAACCUUCCUUAUUUCAGGGAAAAAUCUUUAGUUUUGUUUGUUCAGUUUUUAAUUAAAUGUUCACGAAAAAAAAAAUGGAAAAAUUUCUCGCUGGUAAAGUUUGGUUUCUCAACAUUUCCAAGUUGAUUAUCGUAUGCAGUUUGAAGAGGCUUUAUUUCGAGGCCAGGAUAGUUUUUUAGGCAGCGGGAGUGAUAAAAAUGGACAAAUCGAUGUUUUCGCUGAGCAAAGGGAAGAAAGACGCGGCAAAAGAAGGAAGAUGGCGAUUUAACGCUCGUCACAAGGGCAAAAAUAUGUUAGAAAUCGAGAAAUUAGUGAAAUUAUUCGGAUUUUUAUAGACAAGAAGCUUCCGAGGGCUGGUCUCGAGGCAAGGAACUCCAUUCGAAGGCGCCGACGACGAAACCCGCGGCCGAAGAAGAAGAUUCCAUCAUCCCCCACGGCGCUUGUGGCGCCUUUGUCACUGCUCUCGAGGACGAGUUUAUGGGUUCGUUUCUCAUUAUCGAAAUUUGGAUGGAAAAGGUAGAAAUAUUGGAGAAUGAACGUGAAUUGUACGAUUCAUUAUAUGGUUUGUGAAAGAACUUGAAAAUUUUUAUUGAAAAAUAGUCAUUUGUUUUUUUAACCUUUCAAUAGGUUAGACUUAUAUAGUUAAAAUGAUAGAAAACCAUAAGGUAAAUUAAAAGAAAAAAAUUUUUCACAAAAAAAACCUUUUUUUCUAAUUUAUAUAUUCAGUUCUUCAAACUAGCUGAUCUUUCUUUCUUUCAAGGUAAUUAAUUGCGCUUUGCGACUCAGAAUUUUCUGGAAAUCGGUAGAAAACAUUUCUCGAUCUACCAGACGAAGAUUCCGAAAGUCUCAACCGGCACAGUUCGCGGUUUAAAAAAAAUAACGCCCCAACUUUGGAAAAAAAAAUCCUUCGAAACACGUAAAAUGGACGAUUUCAAGACUUUUCAAAGUCAUCCGGCUUUUAGAACUAUGAAUUUUGGGCAGGUUGAAACUUCCAGGAUCUUGACUUCGUAAAUCAAGAAAUAUUCUGACCAAUAAAAAAAAAUGUAAAAGCGUAAAGAUUUUGCUUGUCAAUUCUCAAUUCAUGAAUUUCUCUUCUUUUCUGUAAUUUUGUGGUAAAUGUAUCCUCUGCUCAUUUCCAUUCCCAGACGUCCGAAAAGCCGCCGUUUAUUCUCUGGGAACUUUGGCCGCUUCUCGUCCGCCGUUCGCGAUUUCUGCCCUCGAAUAUCUGGCCGAUAUGUUCAACGAUGAGAUCGCAGAGGUGAGAUUUCAACUGAUUUCUACUUUGUUCUUAUCUUAUUCUCUUAGGUUCGAUUGGACGCCAUCUACGCUCUGACUCCGUUGAUUGUGCACAGUCAGUUGAGCUGUGAGCAGCUCAAUGUGAUCUUGAAGUGUUUGGAUGUGAGUUUCCUACGGAACUUGGAUAUAAGUUCAGUCAGUUGUUUCGAAAGUUCUUUUUUGGCGUCAGAGGUAGGCUGAAAGUUUUUGUGUGAAGAGGAAAGUACACACAAAAAAGAUUCAAUUCAAAAAGGAGCGAUAAUCUGCCAUUUCAAUUUUCAUAGCUGUUUCACGGCUGGCUUGAGCCAUCGAAAAAGGAUCCUGACAUGAUAAGAAAAGAGACAAUGUCUGGUGGCUGGAGAGCGCAGAGAGGACACGUCUUUUGCGUCCACAGCUAGUCGUGAAUCGGCUAUAUAUAAAUAUUUCAAACUAGUUUACAGCUUUUUCUUUCAUUUCUUCCACUGGUAAGCGCCAAAAGUAUUUCAUGACGGAAUUAACUGCUGAAAACAGUUUUUUGUCCGUUGCUUUCUCGAUUUUGGUCUAGAAUCUCGGAGAACUUUUCAGCAAGUUGCUCUAUUUUAUCAAAAUAAUCUUUGUAUUUUGUUUUUUGAAGAAAAAACACUUAUUUUAUAGGACGGGAUGCCCGAAUCGCGACAAGCCAUGCGGGAACUUCUGAAAAAGGCGGCAUUUGCCGACGUCGACUGCAUAGAUCUUUGCGUCGAAGCGAUGCUCAUGUGUAUGAAACGGUUUCCAGACGAUCAGAAUGCCGUUUUCGAGUGAGAAUUCCACUUUUUUUUCUCUCUGAAAAAGGCUCUGGUCGCAGGUGGAAUGUCUCAAGGCGCUGCUCGGUACCAGAUUGUUCAUUUUUCAAAAAUUCCAUUGCUUCAAAAGUAAUUAAAACAAUAAAAAAGCCCCUAGAAGCUAAAAAGUAGAAACCAGGAAAACUUCGGGAUAAAUCCUAGAAAGUUCAUAAGACGGCUCUAGCUUUAGUUUUAAAAAAUCAAAAUGGUUUUUUUGAAUCUAUGACUCGUGCUGAUUUUUGGUACCAUUCGAAGCAGGAAAAAUUUUCGUGAAAUUUUCAUAAAUUGAAAUUAGACAGAACAUAGUUCUGAGCCGUAUGGUAUGUCAGAUUCCUGUAGGGACGUUAGAAACUGUAGAAAACAGUCUAGGGGAACCACUCUAAUAGAUAUUUAUGCUUUCGCGCGUAAAUCGUUUUUCGUCAGACCCAUUCCUUCUAGGAUCAUUUUGUUUCAGUUUUGGAACAAACUUAACACUUCUUGGUGGUUGCCCAAUGUCUGUUCAGAUGCAUGGCCGCGAUCGGAUUGAACCAUUCGGUUCAAGUUCAGGCGAUGGCGCGACGUCUUCUCGGGAUCCAUCCGUUGUUCCACGCCAGAGAGCAACCCAUCACCGACGUCAAAUGUUCGAUCAGUCUUGAUUCCCUUGUUUUGAACUUACUUCCAGACCUGACCAAACUGAUCUUGGUUCUGAACGCGGCUUCCAAACAGGAAUCCAUCGUGUCAGUUCUCCCGCCUUUCAUGAGGGCUCAUUAUCGGUUUCUGCGCAGUUCCUCUGCUCAUAUGGUCAAACCUGUCAAGGUCUUGCUCUUUCAUGUCUACUUCUCGAACAACUGGAAGUUUGAGGCUCUUGACGAUCUGAAAAAGGAUGGUCGUUCAAGCUUCAAGGACGGCGGAGAGAAGGCGGAAAAGAUCAUAGAACGGACUUAUGAACGGCUGCGGGAAUCGAGUUGCACGACGAGUUUGGAGGAUCGCAAUAUUCUUCGGAACAACAUUUCGCAGUAGGGAAAACCGAAUUGAAAGGGAACUUUUCCGAAUUAGUGACUCGCAAGCCAUCACGGCGUACAACGACAACGUCAGUGGCGCGGCACGGCUCAUCUACUGCUUGACGGAGCUGAACAUGGCCGUCGACAACGUCGCUCAGACGGUCUUCUGUAGCGGAGAGAUCGUGGACGCUUUGCGCGCUAUCCAUCAGGUACGCUUAGAGGACGAUCAAACUUCAUUCCGAGCUGAUAUUGAGGAAAUAUGAAAGUUAUAUUGCAAAAAAUGAACAAAAUGGUGAUAGAGAAAAUUUUUAUUAUUCAUGAGAUACGCGAAGGAAUAUUUAUUUUUUGACUUUAAUUUAUCACACGAAAAUUCCGUCGAGGUGGUCAUUUUUGUGUGCAGUUUUAAUUUUUAUAUAAGAAAAAAAUUUGAGCAUUAUAUGAAAUUUAUCGAGAUUUUUUUUGAGGUUUCAGUCAAUCUGUUUUCGCUUUCUAGAUGAGAUUCCAAAAUAUAAGUUUCCAAGCGUGAAUCCUUAGUUUAGGCGCAAAUUUCGGGAAUUCAGGAGUAGAUUAACUGAUUAAAUACCCUCUAAAGUUUCAGAGUGUGGGCAAAGUUUUGAAAAAAAUCACACGAAAAUUACUUUUCUUGCAAGUGGAUCUUUCUUACUAGCGAACUUCAAUUCAGCGAUUCGUAAGUAAUGUUAAACUGUAUCAAGUGUUUUUUUAAAUAUUAGAUCCAAGUGAACUUCUCAGAAUUUCUACCAAUCUGUCAAAAGCUUAUUUUCAUUAAAUAUAACACGGAAUGGAAAAUGUACUUCAGCAUUUACUCGACAUCCAGUGCAUCGAAUGUCAGUUCGCGGGAGUUUCUGCGGAUCUUUCGGCCUACCUCAUCCAUUGCCGGCUGUACCUGACCCUGCUGGAAAUCGCCGGAACACUGAUCCUCAACAUGGCCGAAUGGCAACGAGGAAUGCUCAGAGGCCGCAACGCGGUCAUCGUCGCCCGGGAGUCGGUCUUCUUCGCUAUUCCAGUCCCAAAUCUGAUCUUCCAGAAGACUGUCCCGGCUCCAAGUAGCCGCGAACUCCUCGACCAACGACUUUCUCGUUGAGAGUUCUUCUCUUUUCGACUUCACCGGCGCCGGCGUCAACGUCAAGAAGGUCACGACGGCAGGAGCCCUUUGCAAUCUUCUCGAAAAGUUCGCGCCUAUCCUGCCUCCCAAAUUACCGCCGGCCGCUGAAAUCGCUCUUAAAUGGGCCAAUGUGAGCUUUAAAUUACACGGGAAAAUGUGCUAGGAUAUAUAUAUAUAUAUAUAAUGGCUGUUAAAUAUAUUUUUCUACAUUCUUUCAUUUUCGCACAAAACUAUAUGCAAAAAGGCUCAAUGAGAUUUCGAUAUGAUUGAAAAAGCUUCAAAUUUCUGAGUUUAUUUCUGAGUUUAGAAAGCUCCAAAACUUUCUCUUCAUGUAAAGUUCUAAAAGAAAGACCAAUAGUUGGACUUUGAGGCUGACUCGGCUAAGAGACACGAGAAGCCAAAAUGAGAUCGAAAAUCGCUCUGUAUAAGAGUUCAUUGACACUGAUUUGCAAAAAAACCUCGCGUGACUCUGGGACUGAUAAAAAAUUUCCAUUCGGAGUUUCUCGCAAUAACGUUUAUAUAGCUUAUAAAAAUCGAUAGUUAUGUUAAAAAUAUUUUUUGGAGAUAUCCGAUUACGUGGUGGGGUGGGAAGGUGAAAAAGGUGCUUCUAGCCACGUAUGGGUCGGAAAACCAAUCGCGCCUAGUUCCAACGAGUUCCUCUUUUGGAAUGGUUACGGGUCCAUGAUACCGAAUUUAUGAAGUUCGCAAUCUGACUUUCAGAUCACCAAGCCCAACAAGGACGCGGCUCUGGAGUCUGCCGUCAAGUUCAUUUCAGGACUUCCACAUGCGAUAUUACUAGAAGCGCAAUUGCACAAUUUGAAAGAAUGCGAUUUUGAGCGUAUCAGAAUCAAGGUUUGUUAAUGUUCGAAUUUAAAUAGAAAAACAAAUUCAAGAUCGGAUAUCCCGAUAGCAGUUCUAUGUUAGUGAAACCGCGCCAAACCGACUUCAAGACCACCAAUGGAGACACUGUCUUGUCUACUCAGGUAUUCUUCAAUUUCUGUGAAAACUGAUUAAAACUUCCAAGAGAUGAUAGUUUAUUUGAUUUUUCAAUCGGCUACCCUUUCCUCGAGCUUCUUUUCGCCUUAUUUUGCACAUUUGCGCUUUCUCAAUCAACCUAAAUAUUGAAAAUAUUUUCGAUCUGCCACUCCGAUUUUAAUCAAAAACUUUCGGUCAUUCACUUUUUAUGAAUCUUCAAAUUUCUAGGAAAAUGAGGUAACAAUGGCGAUAUUCUUUCUCAAAAUCUGAAAAAAAAUAUCCAUGAAAUGUUUUUUUUUUCACUCAGGAAAGAGAAAAUUCAGUUUUUGCAAUCAUCAGCUUGAAAUUUCAGAAGAUUACAACUUGAAAAGCCACAUAAAUCUGGAAUCGAUUUCAAAAAUUUUUUUUAAAAACCAUAUUGUACAUGUUCAAUGAAUAUAAAAAAGAUUUUUUUCAUGUGAGCGGUUUCCUAAUUUGAUGAAUUUUCUCAGAUCAUGAUGACGGCGGCCAGCUGCUGGAGCGAGUCCGCAGAAGUCGCCCUGACAGUCGUCAUUCUGGUCGGCCCCAACUCCUCCAUCCCUCUGUACAGCUCCCCGACUUGUCUCUCGACGGCCAAUGUUCGUGUCAAGAUCCAUCCGGUGUCGCGAAAGUGA